AGUUAAUUUAGAGUGUUAAUUAAGUUAUAUUUAUGAAUAUUUUUUAUUGUGAUGACUUCUUGUUGCGGUAAUGAAUUGAUUCAUAAUUCGGUGCUGAGUAAUGUAUUGGCUAGUAAUUUAGAGCAAAUUGCAUAUUUAAUCGAUAUUGUGAAUAACAAUUUGCUUAUUGGCGGUGCUCUUAUUGCCAUUUCGACGAUAUUAGUCGGUUGUUAUUUUACUUCUGCGCGGAGAUCGCGCAGUUAAGUUAUCACAGUUCGAUAGCAAAAAGUAAAAGUAAAUAAUAAUAUCAUCAUUAAAGUGUAUUCUCUGGAGUUCCCGAAUAUCCAGGGCGAGUGCGGUCGCUAAAGUCUCAGCGGGAGCCGAGGCGGGUCCUCCGGGCCCAGCGGCCGAGGACGCCGCCAUGAAAGGCGUCGAAGCCACUCCCGAGGAGCAGGAACGGUUGGCCACCGGCAACAACAAUGGCUCCCUCGACUGCAAGAUGCCGGCGAACCAGCUCAUCGACCCCAGCUGCUUCCAUUCGACGCGAAUGUUCAUGGUCGUGUUCCUCUCGGGCUGGGUCCUGCAGGGCAUGUUCCUCACUUACUUCGUCAGCGUGACGACGACAAUCGAGAAGUUGUUCAAGAUCGACUCGAAGACGACGGGGCUGCUGCUGGCGGCGACGGAGAUCGGGCAGAUAUGCACGGCGCUGAUCCUGACGUACCUGGCGGGGCGCGGGCACCGGCCGCGCUGGAUCGCCAGCAUGAUGCUGGUGCUGGCCGCGGGCGUGAUAGGCUGCAUCGUCCCGCACCUGCUGUACGGCACGCGCCUGCUGGACGUGCACCUGGACUCGCACCGCGGCGGGGAGGCGCCCACGUGCCUGCCCGACGACUCCAACGGCACCUACUGCAGCAUGAUGCAGCUCAACAGCACCAGGGAACGCAACGAGAUCACCAUGGUCGUCAUCCCCUGGCUGUUCAUCUGCCUGCUGGUGGUGGGCGUGGGCCAGACCGGCAUCGCCACGCUCGGCAUCCCCUACGUGGACGACAACGUCGGCAGCCGCCAGUCGCCGCUCUACAUGGCGAUUACGAUCGGCAUCCGAGUGAUCGGCCCAGCGCUGGGCUUCAUGCUGGGAGCCUUCAGCACUGGAGUAUACGUGAACCCUCUGUUGGACCCUGGAUACUCCUCGGACAACCCUAAGUGGGUCGGCGCGUGGUGGCUUGGCAUGGUAUUCAUCGCGGUCUUCGUGGUGUUGCUGGCGGGACUGAUGUUCUGCUUCCCGCGGCAGAUCAAGCAGGAGCCGCUGCCUCCGCCGCCCAAGAAGACCGUGGAAGUUAAAGGAGAUCCUUUUCUCAAAGGCUUCGCGAACUCCAUCAAGCGGCAGCUCACCAACGACAUCCUUAUGUACCGGACCGCCAGUUCAGUGCUCCACCUUAUGCCCAUUAGUGGGGUCUACAGCUUUCUACCGAAGUACAUGGAGACGCAGUUCCGUCUGUCGACACACGACGCCAACCUUAUCUCGGGCACGGCCGGCAUUCUGGUGAUGGGAAUGGGCAUCGUCACGUCGGGGGUAAUCAUUCUGCGGACGGUGCCUACUGCGCGGACCGUCGCUGCUUGGACCGCCGGCACGGCUGCUAUCUACAGUAUUGGCAUGGUGAUCCUGAUGUUCGUGAGCUGUCCGCAAGAGAACUACCGCAUGCUGAUGCCCGCGGAAGCCAACCUGAGCAUGGACUGCAGUGCCCAGUGUUACUGCGACAGGUUCUCCUUCAGCCCUGUUUGUGGGCAGGACGCGCUGACGUACAUUUCGCCGUGCCAGGCGGGCUGCACCGGCGCGCGGCAGCUCGGCAACAACACGUGGCUGUACAGCAACUGCUCCUGCGUCAUGCCCGCCGCCGAAACGCUGCUCCCAUUCGAGCGUUUCCAUCUGACCAACCUAACAGCAGAGGAAGAGGGUGGCUACGCCAUAAGCGGCGAGUGCGGCGGGCGCUGCGACCAGAUCUACGUGUUCGUGGCCAUUUUUGCUACGAUUAUGUUCAUACACGCCAGCGGAGAGGUGGGAGGCGUGCUGCUCAAUAUACGCUGCACGCAUAAGUUUGACAAAGCAAUGGCGAUGGGCGUGAUCCAGUUCGCGAUCGGCACGUUCGGCAACGUGCCGUGCCCGAUCGUGUUCGGCGCCGUCAUCGACGCCGCCUGCCGCCUGCGCGACUCCGCCUGCAACAUCACCGGCGCCUGCGUCGCUUAUGACAGCGAUAGCUUCCGACACUUCUACUUAGGUCUGUCAGCAGGGUUGAUGUUCCUGGCGUUCUUAAUGGACCUCAUGGUGUACCGGCGCGCCGGCCGCAUCGACAUGAACCCAGCCGAUGCGCCCGCGCCGCCCGCGCUUUUGCCCGCGCCUACUGACACGCAGCUAUGACAAUACGAGUCCAACUUGUAAACUACCCGCCAUCUUAACGGGCCGGGAACUAUGGAUGAGCUAUGCCAUGAGCUAGAAAGAACUACUCCACUUCAAAAAAUCAACAAAGCAAAACCUCAACUAUGUACUUCUGAACUAUGAGACAGUUCUCGCUUUUUAAACAGGCUGGGAAGUAUGGAUGAGCUAUGCCAUGAGCUAAAAAGAACUACUCCACUUCAAAAAAUCAACAAAGCAAAACCUCAACUACUGUAUACUAUGAGACAGUUGUCGCUUUUUAUACAGGCUGGCAAGUAUGGAUGAGCUAUGCCACGAGCUACACCGAAACCUCUGAACUAACGGUCAGUUAUCACUACUUAAAACCGAAGAACUACGAAUGAGCUGUGCCUCGAGCUAGAACGAGUUAUGCUACACUACCACCAAAAUCUCACGACUUCUGAACUACUGUCAGCCAUCACUACCUAAAACAGAAGAACUAUGCCACGAGCUAGAAAGAGCUACGAGCUAGAAGAACUAUCGAUCAGUUAUCACUACUUAAAACAGGAAAACUAUGUGUCGAACUAAAAAGAACUUACACCACUACUGUAAGAUCAAAAUAUCAACUACUUCUGAACUACAGUCAGCCAAGACUACUUACAAUAGGACAACUAUGCCACGAGCUAGAAAGAGCUACGACACUUCUGUAAGACUAAAAUCUCAAUGGCUUUUAAACUAUCGGUCAGUUAUCACUACUUAAACGAGGAGAAUUAUGCCACUAUUGUAAGACCAAAAUCUCGACGACUUCUGAAUUAUCGGUCAGCUAUCACUACUUAAAACAGGAGAACAAUGGAUGAGCUAUGCCACAAACUAGAAUGAGUUAUGCAACUCCUAUAAGACCAAAAUCUCAACGACUUGAAAUGUUGGUCAGCUCACUACAUCAAACAGGCGGAGAAAUAUGCCAAGAGCUAAAAUGAACUGUCCACUGAAGUUUUAGUAAGGUCGCCAGUUUUUGGACCUUUCACGAAUUAUGCAACGGAGGUCUGCCAUUUCUGUGUGACUUAUGAUUAACAGAAAUUGAACAGGCACAUCACAUAGAAAGAGCUAUGCAACGCCACGCUGCGCUAUACUAAGAAAUUGGGACAAGGUAUGUCACUUAGAUCAGAACAACUUAUCAAAUGUAAUGAAUGACUGAUCAGCCUUAUAACUUUUUAACAGAGUCACGUCACCCUGAUAUAAGACCAAAUUCUGAACAUUUCAAUUCUUGACUAGAGAGCAAACGGAACUAUCGUUUAGAACCCAACUUCUAUCUAGUAGAGGUCAAAUGUUUUGUGUCGAAAUGACUCAAUAUACGUUUUUGGUGUGGCCAAGUUUAAUAAAUCAAUGAAAAACGUUUUAUAGGGUUGUGCAAUAUGGCUCUAGAUUACGAAUACAAUUAUUAUUGGUCAUUGUACACAGUUAGUUUAAUCUGGCCGGGCGCCAAUCUACGGUAAUUUUUUAUACUAAUUAAUAUUCGAUUUUUGAUCUACUAAUGCGUAAGUUUCGCGAAUUGUUUAGGUACAAAUUGUAGCUCGAUUAGAAGUUAAAAGUAACUAAAAAAAUUAAUAUAAUAUUUAUAAGGUUUUCUACAUACCGUAUCAAUGUUUAAUCAUCUUAUUUAAAAAUUGAUUAAUGUUGAAACUAAUUUAAAAUGUAAUUUAUCUCAAAACAUCACACUAAAAUAGUAAAUACAAAUCAAUAUGAGUGUGCAGCUAUAUACCAGUAUCAGUUUACAUCUUUUCUUUUAUUGAUUUUAUAUAGAUACUGCAUUUUUAUCGUUUUCACGCAUUUUACUAAGCUAGUUAUACUUUGACGUAUACAUGCUCAAUAUUAUCGUUAAACUUUUUACUAGCUAAGCUCAAGUAAUGGCAAAAAUAUUGAAUUAAGGUACCGAAAUGCGAACUAUUUUUUAAAGAACUAAUAGCAAAAAAAUAUUUUAACUAAACUUGGUAUUUUUACGUAACAUCACACAUUGCUCCGUUUAAAAUAACAUAAAUGACUGACCUUUCAACUUGGUGUAAACUAUGUUAAAAUUGCCAUGCAUCGAUAUAGUAAUUUUGCUGUUUUGUAGAAUCUGGUUUUUUUACUGGUAAAUAUUUAAUCUAAUAAUUCUCGCACCAGAGCCGAGAAUAUCUCAGGGAAAACGGGGAAAAAUAAAACAAAACAUUUUUAUCUAUUUUAUUAAAAUGCUGUCAAUAAUAAAUUAUUGUUUUUAGCAUGGUUUACGCAAAGUUAACUUUUUUAAAUAUCAUAAACUUAAUGGCUAGUGAUUAGACAUUUAUUUUAGAGUAGAAAGUUUUUUUUUUACAAAUUAUUAUUAAUACUAAAUCAUGUAAAUAUAUUAGAUGAAUGAAAUGUAUAAUCAUAGCCUAAUUAGAUGUAAGCUUAAUUUUAUGAAUUGUUUACUUUAUAGACGAAUUCUUUAUAAACAAAAAUAUUAUAAUCGUACGAUAAUCGAAACUCCUUCGAGCUAUGGUCGUGGAUAAGGCCGUGUAAACCAAACAUUUUCAGUUUUUAACGUUUUGAAUCAAUAUUCCCAUACAAGAUUUUUACUUUCAUAUAUCCCGCCGGAAAUAACGUAAUUUUAUAUUAGUACAAUAGGCCAUAGCUCAGUAGACGAAAAAGUUAAAAGGCUGGGUCGCGUGUAAAUGUUUAGUAAAUAUAGGUAUCGAUAGCAAAUCGACUAAAUAUAAGUUGACAAUGAAAUAUUAUUGUCGAUGCAAAUUACCUCGAAAAAUUUUCAUUUUUUGCAACUUCUCUGUGAUCAGGGCAUAAUUUUGUGUAAUAAAUCAUUUUACUAUAAAAUAUUUUACAUCAACUUAAGCCACAUUAUAUUUUGCUUAAUAAAGACUAGGAAUUGAAACUUGCAUGUGCAAUAUAUAGAUUUGAAUAUACGUAUAAAUAAUAAUUCCAAACCGUAGAUUUAAAUAGGUAAUAAUGUAGGUUUUUUGAAGUUUUUAAUGAGAUAUUGCUGCCUAAUUUUUAUAAUGGCAUUGUACAAUUUCAGUGUUUUUUUAUCAUGUUGAGCUAAUAAACUAUGCUGUAAUGAAUUUGGACCAUUAUUAGUGGUUUUAUUGUAGGUAGAACAUUAUGCAAACGUUAUUAACUUUGGAGGUCAGUAUCAGCAAGUUGCCAUAACAUUAGUUAUUUGCUACCAUCAUAAAGACUUUUGUGAAUUUGGGAAAAAAUGUGCUCGUCAACUUUAGAAAUAAAGCUGUAAUACAAAACCGAAUAUAGGGUUAAUACAUAAAAAAUAUAGGUGGUUAAAACGAUGUGACAAUGAGGAAGACUUUAAUGUUACUCAUAAUUUGUGUUGUCUUUAGACAUACAGUUCUGUUAUAAAAUGAAAUACGUAUAAAACCAGAUAUUCCUUAACUAUCAAACUCCACUGCCAAGGAAUCGUUUGUGUAAAACAUACUUGAGCAACAACGAAAACAAGUAAUUACUUAGAUAUUUAAUGAUAUUUCACAAUUCCUAGACUCUUAACAGUGCAUUAUUUCGUGCAAUGACUUUUAUAAUUAAAUAUGUUUUAUUGUUAAAAUGAAAUUGUAUUUGUUGCCCUAUUGCACUAACAUAGCAUAAUACUUAUUUACAUAAUAUAAGCUUUGACAUCAAAUUCGAAUAAA